CUUCGAGAGCUUUUGUACCUCGGUGCGGUUUCCUUUUUUGCUCUUUCGAACGGUUGCAGUGUUAUAGAAGUGAGCGGAGGAAGGGUGCGUCGGCUGGAUCGCGGAGAGCAAACCCUAGUUUUCUCGCUUUGGGAAUUGAUCGCUUUGGGAAGAGAAAUCACUACUUCAGUCAAAUAAAUGGGCGCUGUGGUCAUUCGGAGUUCGCUGGAGAUGAUGCUGGACGCUAUCAGGCAGAGGGAUGAGCAGCCAAAAGAUCUGCUGCUGCCGGCUUUGCCUCUCCGUCCGAUGUCGAGGGGUCGCUUGCCCACUCCAAGAAGGCUAUGUGUGGCGCAUCUUAAGCUCGGAGGCAGCGAAACUGGAAACUUGCCCAACUUUGUAAAAUUACAAGGCAAGAGAGAUGAACAAAAAUGGAAAGUAGUGCUUAGAACUGAUACUUUUGGUAGUGAGAUGAUAUCAAAUAUGUCUGAGCUGGAGGAAUCACGGUGUGUUGCGUUUCCAGGCCAUGUAAGCUGUGAGGUUGCAGAUACCACUAAAUUGCUGACUGUUCCUUCGCCAACAGCACUUGUGACAGAUAAUACGCUUGAUUACAGUGGAAAAGUUCUACAUGGACAGGAUAAGGUUGCAAGCCUAGAAGAUGCAAGGAAUAUGAAUUUGCAGGCGAUUCUCUGUGUUCAAAAGAACUAUCGUGCUAUCCGUUCUCAGGCUCACUAUCAACAGCUGAAGAAGGGAGCAGCCAUACUACAAUCAUUGGUACGAGGUGAAAGAACAAGGCAGAACUUUGAAGUCAUGAUGAAGAAAUGGAAGGCUGCUGUUAUUAUUCAAAAGCAUGUGAAGCGAUGGCUCACUAGUAAUAUAUAUACUGGCCUGCGGAAGGAUACUAUAACAUUGCAGGCUGUUGUACGAGGUGAAAGAGAAAGACACAAGUUCAGAGUCAUGAUAAAGAGAUGGAGUGCUGCUGUAAUUAUCCAAAAACAUGUUAAGCGGUGGUUCACGAGUAAUGCAUAUAAUGGCCUGCGAAAGGAUAUUGUCACUUUGCAGGCUGUUGUACGAGGUGAAAGAGCAAGGCACAACUUCGAAGUCAUGAUAAAAAGAUGGAGUGCGGCUAUCAUUAUCCAGAAAAAUGUAAAGCAGUGGCUCACUAGUAAUGCAUAUACUGGUCUGCGCAAGGAUAUUAUCAUUUUGCAGGCCGUUAUUCGUGGUUGGUUGGCGAGGAAACAUUUUGCUGUUUUAAAGAAACAGGAUGAGUCAAAGUUUGUUCAUACCCUUUCAGAGAAAAGGGAGGAGUCAAAGGAUACUGAUGGCGAACAUCCAUGGAUUUAUUCUUCCGUUGUGACUGAACUUCAGUGUGAGAUGCGCAAAGCAGCAGCUGCACUCAAAGAAAAAGAAGAGGGGAAUGUUAUGUUUAAGAAACAGCUUAUGGAGUACGAGAAAAUAUUCUCUGAGACGACCGGGCAUAAACAGCUUACUUCAACUCAGACGAAUCUCAUUAUAGCAAGAAAAACCUCUAUUCUCGAGGAAACAUUGCAACAUAAACUAGAUGUGUCAAAAAAGGAUCGCUUCUCUGAAUCUGAAGAUGCUGGUUCUGUUGGAGCUCAAACACCUGGGAAACUGUCUGCCAUACCCCAAAAAGAGAGUGAGAGCAUUCACAAUGCAGGUCUGCAGCACAAGAAGUUCGAUCGAGGAGCGAGAGUUGUCGACCAGGGGUUGCUCGCCGAUAUGGAGUCAUGGAAAGAACAUCAAAAUCCAAAACCCCACUUGAGUUCGUACAAGAAAGAGUUGAAGAUGAAAAUAAGGAAAACUAAGGCUGCACUUUCUAAGCUAAUAAAUCCCGAUAAGAAAGCAUUCAAAAGAUGGUGCUGCAUUGCUAGUCCACCAUGAACUCCUUAACAGAUCAUAUAUAUGAAUGAGAAUAGAGAAGAAUGCUUAUUCUUCUUCUUUAAAGAAUGUAUUUUAGAAACAUGAUGUCUAUUAAUUAUUGUUUGAAAUGGUGUUAUUGU